GGUGGGGACCCGCUCCCCGCCUUGGCACGGUGACACCGGCCCGAACCCUCCGAAGCGGCCUCUGGGCCCCCGGUCCGGCCCCCCAUGGCCGUGCCUGCUCCGGGAUAAAGGAGUUUGCCGUUUCGCUGGUGGAGAAGAUGCAGGCUCAGGAAAUUCUGCGGAGCCUGCGGCUCCCCGAGUUCGAUGACCUCAGCCAGUUCUUCCGCAACCUGCCAGCCACAGCGCUGGUGGGCAUCGGUGCCUUUGCAGCUGUUGUCGCCUAUUGGUUUGCCAGCCGGCCCAGGGCCGUGAAGCCACCCUGUGACCUGCGCAUGCAGUCAGAAGAAGUCGAGGGCCUGGCUGGGGCACGCCGCUCGGUGAUUGGGGACAGCCCACAGCUGCUGACGCACUACUAUGAUGAUGCCAGAACCAUGUAUGAGGUCUUCAGGAGGGGAUUCAGCAUCUCUGAGAAUGGCCCCUGCCUUGGGUUCAGGAAGCCCAAUCAGCCCUACCAGUGGCUGUCCUACAAAGAGGUGGCUGAAAGAGCAGAAGCUCUGGGUUCAGGCCUUUUGCAUCAGGGCUGCAAGCCAUCCACAAAGCAGUUCAUUGGCGUCUUCGCUCAAAACCGUCCAGAGUGGAUCAUCUCUGAGCUGGCUUGCUACACCUAUUCCAUGGUGGUGGUUCCCCUGUAUGACACCUUAGGUCCUGGAGCCAUUCGGUACAUUGUCAACACAGCUGACAUUUCCACGGUCAUUUGUGACAAGCCUGAAAAAGCCAGGAUACUCCUUGACCAUGUGGAGAGGAGAGAAACACCAGGGCUGAAAUCUAUCAUCCUGAUGGACCCAUUUGAGAAGGAGUUGACAGAGAGAGGGAAGCGCUGUGGGGUUUGCAUCCAGACCAUGCAGGAGGUGGAGGACUGUGGCUGUGAGAGUCGACAUGUGCCUGUGCCUCCUCGACCAGAAGAUCUUUCAAUUGUCUGUUUUACUAGUGGCACUACAGGAAAUCCCAAAGGUGCUAUGCUGACCCAUGGAAACGUGGUGGCGGAUUUUUCAGGCUUUUUGAAAGUGACGGAGAAAGUGAUCUUUCCGAGACAGGACGAUGUGCUCAUCUCCUUCCUGCCUCUGGCUCACAUGUUUGAAAGAGUUAUACAGGUAAGAAACCGGUCUGAACUGACGAGGCCUCGUGGGGCUCCUUGUGUUUUCUUCCAGAGUCAGUGGUCUCCUACUUGUGAGGAUGUACACAUUUCCUAUUUGCCUUUAGCACACAUGUUUGAGAGAAUGGUACAGUCUGUAGUAUACUGCCAUGGAGGGCGAAUUGGCUUCUUCCAAGGAGAUAUUCGCCUCCUGUCUGAUGAUAUGAAGGCACUGAGGCCAACCAUCUUCCCUGUUGUGCCACGGCUGUUGAACAGAAUGUAUGACAAGAUCUUCAGCCAGGCUGACACAUCCCUCAAGCGCUGGAUCCUGGAAUUUGCGGCAAGACGGAAAAAAGCUGAAGUUCGAAACGGCAUCAUUAGAAAUGACAGUUUGUGGGAUAAACUUUUCUUUAAUAAAAUACAGGCAAGUCUUGGGGGGUGUGUCCGCAUGAUAGUGACAGGUGCUGCCCCUGCAUCCCCAACUGUCCUGGGCUUCCUCCGUGCGGCCCUUGGAUGCCAGGUUUAUGAAGGCUAUGGCCAAACAGAAUGCACAGCUGGAUGCACCUUUACAACUCCAGGUGACUGGACAUCAGGUCAUGUAGGAGCCCCUUUGCCCUGUAACUUAAUCAGAUUGAAGGAUGUGGAAGAACUGAAUUAUUUUGCUUCCAAAGGAGAAGGAGAGAUCUGUGUGAAAGGACCCAAUGUGUUUAAAGGUUACUUGAAAGAUGAAGAGAGGACAGCUGAAGCGCUAGACCAGGAGGGCUGGCUUCACACAGGAGACAUUGGAAAAUGGCUACCUAAUGGGACCCUUAAAAUUAUUGAUCGGAAAAAGCAUAUAUUUAAACUUGCUCAGGGAGAAUAUAUUGCACCAGAGAAGAUAGAGAAUAUCUAUAUCCGCAGUGACCCUGUUGCUCAGAUCUACGUCCAUGGAGACAGCCUGCAGGCCUUUCUGGUGGGAAUUGUGGUGCCUGAUUCUGAAGUUAUGCCAGGUUGGGCAAAGAAAAGAGGAUUUGAAGGAACAUAUGCAGAACUCUGUAAAAAUAAGGAACUGCAGCAAGCGAUAAUGGAAGACAUGGUACGGUUAGGGAAGGAGAGUGGGCUUCACUCCUUUGAGCAGGUCAAAGCCAUUUAUAUUCACUCUGACAUGUUCUCAGUGCAAAACGGUUUGUUGACACCAACAUUAAAGGCUAAGAGACCAGAACUCAGAGAUUACUUCAAAAAACAAAUAGAAGAGCUAUAUUCAAGCAUCUCCAUCUGAAAUCACUGGAAGAAUCUUCUGAGUAAUGGACUUCAUAGCAAUAUUAGAACAAUACUCAAAAAGUACAGAGCCAGAAUGACGCUGCUGAAAUGGAUAAGCAUCUGAAUCUUACAUUUGAGCCUUUCAUUUUUCCGGGAUUUCAUCACUAACCAUAUUUUCCCUUCUUUUUGCCAUCAGGUGUGAUACAAUUUCUUUUUUACUCUAGGUACACAGUAAGGCACUACUAAAAGUUAUGCUAAAUUGCCACAAAAUACACAGAAAUUUCAAUCUAUGACCAAGUAAAUUAUGGAAGCAUAUCUUAUAAAUAACCACAAACAUUUCUAAUUAAAAUAGGGAAAAUUUCAGGUAUGUCUGUUGAUAUUUGAUUGUAUAUAACCUAAUAUAUUAGAAACUAAAAUAAUAAAUAAUUCAAUAUUGUUAUCUACCUCAAAUAAUCAGUGAUUGAUGGUGAAAGUAAAAGUCUAUUUUCUCUGAUUUGGAACUUCAAGGUGGAUAUUGGUUUAUAUAGUAAGUAAUAGUGGUUAUAUUUUUCAGGACAUAAAUGACAUUGAUUUAAUUUAAUCAUUAAUGACUUAACAAUCAGAACAGAAAUAAGAAGUAAUUUCCCACUAUUUGGACUUAAUAGACCUAUUAGUAUAUUACAUCUAAUGGAUUAAUGUUACUUUGAAAUUAAAGGAACAGGGUAAGAAGUAAUAGCAUAGAUUUCCCUCUAUUUCCUUUUCAUCCAAACACAGUUUAUCUGUGGUAUGCAGAUUCUGCAUUAGGGCUCCUUCAGUCCAGUGCACUCACAGACAUCUGAACUGCUCAAACUGAGAAGGUUGCAAAAGCAUCACUGGCUCUGUGGUAGCUUUAGGUGGGAGUUCAUGAUAAUCCAUAUGCUCCCAAUCCCUAAUUUAUUACUUCACACAUUGCUAAUAAUGUGUAGUCCAGCUGGACUAACUCCUGUUCAGAAUCAGCGCUGAAGAAAUGGAGCACAAUGAAUAAGCUGUGAUUCUGGAGGGGCUUAGCAAAAUGAAAGGGUUUGGGAAAGGCUAGCCCGAGGUGCAGCAGCGGAGGGCAUCCUUUGUCUGGCCAUGGAAGGGGAAGGAAUACUGCCCCAAAAGAUUCAUGGGGAUGGGCUAAAGGCUGUGUUAGCCAUCGCUGUGCAAGACAUCAUUGUAUGGCAGAACAAUGGACGUGGUGGCAGAAAGGCCUGGUACGAGAAUGUCUUUAUUGUGAGACAUCUGGAAGCAUCAAGUCCCAUUGGCAUCACUUCCAAUGGCCUCUCUGGAAUAACCAGCAAGUUGUCUGGAUAAAACAGAUUUCUGUGGUCAUCAGAAAGGGGAUAAGUCUCACAAGAAUUAGGAACAGGCUCUAGAGCUCUCUCGGUACAAAGCACGGUACAAGGGAAAAGAGAAAACUGUCAUGUCAAGUUGCUUGAAUACUUGGACUGUUGAUGGCUUCUUUCUGCUAAACAGGGUCCUAAAUAUCUGUGUAUUUUACUAGCUGAUGUUGGCUGCACCAGUGCAUACUAGCAUGGAGCUCUGGCUGCUGAAUCUUUGCUAGGACAGUGGAAGCACACUUUCUUUCUUAUGCUGGAAUCCACUGUAGACUUUUGAAGCUAAAAGUUUAAAUUUUUAAUAUAAACAGUAUCUUAUUUUCUCUCUGAAGUUCUGGUGCAUGCUUCCAAAUGAAAUAAAUCAAAUUAAUAAGUUAGUGUUAUACAAAGACUGAUUUAUUGCAGUGAUUUCAGAAUAAAAUGAUACAUAGGAAACCAUAUCAGUAACAUAAUGACUCAAAGGAUGUGGCAGUUUGAUUUAUCAAAUGUGCGUUUGUCUGAAUCCCUUUAUACACCUGAUUCCUCAUUUGAUUUCAGUGCAAUGACUCAUAUCAGUCCAAUGGAAGUAAAGAAAUAGCUGAGCUCUUAUGGGGGUCAUCAUUUUUCACCAAUGUGUGCAUCCCUGGGGAAUUUGCAUGGGCCAUGUCAACAGAGGAUAGGGAUUAUUGCAUAAAAUCUGGCUCUUUAGGUCAAGUCAUAAAGGAUUUUUAUCUCAGUGGACUUUAGUUCAUAUCCGUUUUGUAUCAGCCAAAAGAUAGUGAUUACAUACACAGCCUUCAAAGCAAUGGAGAACUAAAUUCACUACAAUUUCCCGUCUGUUUUAAUGCAACAGUUUUAAAAUAAAAACCUCGAAACCCAUGUCAUCUAAGGAAGUAAAGCUGUUUUUCACUGAUA